AUGAUUGAUGAAAAAAAAUUAAGUGAUAUAGGAAUUAAUAAUAAUAAUAUAAAUAAUAAUAUAAAUCAUAAUGAAAAUUCAAAUAACGAUAUAAAUAAUAGUAUUAUAAGUAACGAUUUAAAUAAUAGUAUUAGUAAAAGUCAUGAUACAAUUUUAAAGCCAAAUAAUGAUUUAAUGAAUAAAAGUUUAGAUAGUUCAAUAAAUAAUAAUUCAAUUAAUUAUAAUAAUAAUAAUAAUAAUUUAAAUAAUAAUAUUGAGCCAAUAAUAGAUGUAAAUAAAAUUAGUAUAUAUAAUUUAUAUAAAGAACAAUAUAAAAGGGUGGAAUUAAAAGUUCAUGGUAGUGUUAGAGAAUAUUUUCAAAAAAAUCGUAGUAGAGUUCCAAGAGAAAUAUCGAAUUUAAUUUCACAAGGAGAUUACAAUAGAUUUAUUAAAAGUUUAAAUAGAUUACACGAUCCAACCACUCAUAAUAUAGUAUUAAUAAUAGUACUAAUUAUAUUAAUUACAUCUCCUGGUGUUACUUUUGGUUUAUCAUAUGUCUACCCAUUAGGAUCAUUUGUGAUUUUUUGUAUUAUAUGGGUUGGUUUUUGCGCAAUUUUAUUUUUCUUAUUUCUAUCUGAUUCAAGAAGAAUGAGAAUAGUAAGUUUUUAA